AUGUUGGUUGGGCUUCUCCAAUUCGCCGCGGCCACCGCGUUCUCGCCCCGGCCCGCGCAGUGCCCGGUGGGCGAGCCGAUCGUCGGCCCGUGCACGGUGGAGCCAUUCGAGUGCCCGGUGGGCGAGCCGCACGUCGGCUGCGUGUUGCCCCAAUUAUCGCGAACUCUCACAAACGUCGUGCCAAACGUGACAAUCGGCUCGCACACCUUUUCGGGCAAUCCGUGCAAGAACUACCCCGGAUACCCGCGUACGCGGAACCCCAUCCACCACUACACGAACGCUUUGACGGGAAGCUGCGAGCUGGUCGACGAUCUCACAGACUGGGAGAUCCCCCAGACCGCGAUCGACGUGACGAAGGGCACCCAGGGCCUGAUCAAGCCCGACCUGGACCCGAAGCCCCUCCACAAAGCGAUUGGCCCCGGCAAGGGCUGCGUGGUCAACAUCCACUAUCACCUCGGGACGGAGCACUACAACGCGGACUCGUACAGCGAGAACGGCCCAGAGUUCCUCGAGCGGGCGCUUGGCUGCGUCCCAGCAAAUUAUGAGGGAAUGGACGGGUACGACCCGACGAAGGACACCGUCUUUUGCUGCGAGAACUAUGACCACAACCAUCUCGCGUUCGAGGAUGAGUUCGGUCGCGAGGGCGGAGACCGGCUGCUGCCAGAGGUGUGGAAAAAGAUGAAAGCGGCAUUCUGCCACGGCGAGUCGAAACCCAAGUGCUGCACCGGCAACGCACUGUACUCGAACGACAUGUUCAGCGACAAGCCCAUCUUCACAGAGCAGGAGCUCGGACCGCAAAGGAAAAACGACACUCUCACCUUCCCUCGUGUCCGCGAUUGGGAGGGCACUUAUGCUUUUGCGAGCAUUCUGAGUCAUGCGUGCUCCUUCGCCAGCAACAGGGUUCACAGAGGGCUCAGCGGCUAUUUUUCGCCUCGCUGCGCGGCCCCGCAAUAA